AUGGGCGUCAUCCGCAAGAAGACGGCGACGAGGGGAGGUGAGGGUGGCGUCAAGUACGUAUGCGACGUCUGCUCGUGCGACAUCACUUCGACGGUCCGCAUUAGAUGUGCCGACCCUGCAUGCUCUGAUUUCGACCUCUGCGUGCCGUGCUUUGGCAAGGGCGAGUCGCGCAACACCCACGAUCCCGCAACGCACUCGUUCCGUGUAAUUGAGCAGAAUUCGUUUCCCAUCUUUGAGCGAGAAUGGGGUGCCGACGAGGAAUUGCUGCUGCUCGAGGGCGCCGAGAUAUAUGGCCUCGGGUCAUGGGCGGAUAUCGCUGACCACAUUGGCGGCUUUCGCGAAAAGGACGAAGUGCGCGACCACUACCUCAGUACAUUUGUCGACUCGCCCAAAUUUCCGCUCCCCAAAAGAUGUAGUCCUCAUGACUGCGAGCUCGCAAAUGAAAUCCCACGAGAAGAGUUCCAGUCGCGCAAGAAGCGGCGCAUCGAAGAGCGAAGAGAGGCGUCGAAGAAUGCACCGGCCUUGCAACCAAAAACAAAACCCACGGCCAGUGUUCCUAGUUGCCACGAGAUCCAAGGUUACAUGCCUGGACGUCUCGAGUUUGAAACCGAGUAUGCCAAUGAGGCAGAAGAGGCAGUGCAGCUGAUGCAGUUCGACCCUGGUGACGGACUCAAUCCAAGAACUGGAGAACUGGAGCCCGAGAUGGAGCUCAAGUUGACGGUGAUGGAAAUCUACAACUGUCGACUAACACAGCGUGUAGAGCGCAAAAAGGUUGUUUUCGAGCAUAAUCUGUUAGAUUAUCGAGAAAACACAAAGAUAGAAAAGAGGAAGACCAAAGAGGAGAGAGACUUGCUCCAGAGGGCAAAGCCAUUUGGCCGCAUCAUGAACCAUAGAGACUUUGAAGAUUUCACACAAGGCUUGCAGGAUGAGCUGAAUCUAAGACAAGCCAUUGCUCAGCUCCAGGAGUGGCGCAGCCUUCGCAUUGGAGAUCUCCGAAGCGGCGAAAAGUACGAGACGGAAAAGGCUUCUCGGAUACAAAAGUCUAUACCUAUGGGGUCUAUGGAUAGGGAGAGGCUGGCAUCAUCUCAGCGUUCAAAGGCGGCCCCUCCUCCAGAACCUCCAAGCGGAGCUGCUCUCCUCAUUGCCCCUGAGCUGCCAAUCCGUCAGCGGGACGGAGAGACAAAUGGCGAUGAUGCCAAACCUCUGACAAAUGGCCAUACCAAUGGCGUAAACGGCGUCAAUGGAGUCAACGGCAUCAACGGCCACAGUCCCACCAAACAAAAGUAUAUCCCGCAGCCCAUCUCUGGCGUGCAGCCAUUACAGUUGACGCAGGAGAACGCUCCCGACUUGCACCUUCUCACAGCAGAGGAAGCGAAGCUUUGUGAGGUGGUGCGCCUUCAGCCGAAGCCAUACUUGAUGAUCAAGGAGCAAAUCCUCAAGGAAGCCAUCAGGGGCAAUGGGACGCUUAAGAAAAAACAAGCCAAAGAAAUCUGCCGGCUUGACACUCAGAAGGGGGCGAGAAUAUUUGAUUUUUUCAGCAACGCAGGAUGGGUCGGUAAGGCAUGA